AUUUGAAGGAAACCUCUUAAUAAAUAAAGUCAGACAGUUACAACUGGGCAUAGCGCCUGUUGACUUCAGCUGCUGUGAAGAAGCAAAAGAUGACCAAGAUGUCUUCCAUUUACUGUCUCCUGUUGCUGCUCUGUCUGGGCGCAUACACCUCAGGACAAUGUCAAAUUGGAUUUGUGACAUCCAAUUAUUGUAAGCAGGGUCAAGCCCACUGCGAGUGGUUGAAAUAUGUUAGUUUUAAAAAGCCAUUUCCAAGUCCACCUGACGUUGUGACUGCUAUCGCUUUACUAGAUUCCUGGUAUGGUGGUAAUGUUCGUGUCAACUUGCAACCAACGUCUAUCUCUACUCAUGGUUUUGUGAUGAACUUUGGUGUUUGGGGCCAAAGCAUCAAUCCACCAACUCACAUCUACCGUCUCAAAGCUGCAUGGACUGCAUGUCCCAAGGUCUAAACAAGCACCAAGCAAGAAACUCUGAAAUCCAGUUUCUAACACCAAGAUGCUGAUAUUUGGAUGUGGACAUGGACUAAAUGAACUAAUCUUUUCAGUAAUGAGCCCAACAUAGGGCAUGAACCCUAUGAAUUAAGAUCUACAGUAUCCUGUUCUAUGUGCUUACUUCUCGCAAAAUAAGAAAACAUUACAAUAAAUGACUU